UGGGCUGCGGCCCAUCCUUCCUGCUAUAAAAGCACAGAGCAGCUCACCCAUCUCUACCUUCUUGAUUUGGUGGUGUUUUUCACCAUGGCAUGCAGGUGGAGAACAGAUUCCAGGUGUCACCCAAGCUGGUUCCAUGGAGUCUCGAGAGCCUACAUGUCACUUUCUCUCUUCUUCGCCCUGAUGACUUCGGUGAACUCAGCAGGUGCUCCUCUGUUGGCGAAUCUUGCCUUCCCAGGGACUGUCUCUUGCAAUGAAGAUGGAAUGAUAGUGGAGUUUCCAAAAGACCUUGGCACGAAGAAAUGGCAUGCAUCUGUGGUGGAUUCCCUUGGCCUUGAAAUACCGAACUGCACUUACGUUCUGGACCCAGAAAAGCUCAUCCUGAGGGCCUCAUAUGACAAUUGUACCAGAAGAGUGCAUGGUGCGUACCAGACGACCAUCAGACUCAUGGACAACAAUGCUGCUAAAACCAAUGAGGCUACCAUGUAUCAAAUCAGCUGUCCAGCUAUGGAAGCAGAAGAUCAUCUGUCCAAAUCCCUUGUAGGAUCCACAGACUGCAUGAAGGAUUCCAUGUCUGUACAAACUCCUCUGCUGGGAUGGAUCCUUAAGAUUGGUGAUGGUCCAACUCGAAGUCUGACCCUUGCGGAGGCCAUAAAACAAGGAUAUACUGUCCUGAUGGAUAGUGGCAAGAUCAUCCUCCAAGUGUCAUUCAAUGCCACUGGAGUGACUCACUAUGAGCAAGAUAACAGUCAUCUCUAUAUGGUGCCUCUGACACUUAUAUAUGAAUCUCCUGGGCAGACAAUCACCCUUUCGACAAGAAUGAUCUGUGUGACAGAUUCUGUGACUUGUAAUGCCACACACAUGACUCUCACCAUACCAGGGUUUCCUGGGAAGUUAAAAGCUGUGAGCACCGAAAACAGAAACAUCAACGUGAGCCAGUUGCAUGACAAUGGGAUCGAGAGGGAAGCAACAAAUGGCUUGAGACUGCAUUUCAGCACAAGUUUCCUCAAAACAAAAAUCUCUGCAAAAUGCCUAUCCCAGCAGUUCUAUUUACCUUCACUCAAGCUGACCUUUCACUUUCAUUUAGAGACCGUAUCGAUGGUAGUUUAUCCUGAAUGUCUCUGUGAAUCACCAGUUUCUGUAGUUACAGAUGAGCUGUGCACCCAAGAUGGGUUUAUGGAGUUUGAGGUCUACAGCCACCAAACUAAGCCAGCUCUCGACUUGGAUACCCUCAGGGUGGGAGACUCAUCCUGCCAGCCUAUCUUCAAGGCUCAGUCUCAAGGGCUGGUACGGUUUCACAUACCCCUGAAUGGAUGUGGAACGAGAUAUGAGUUCAAAGAAGACAGAGUCAUCUAUGAAAAUGAAAUAUAUGCUCUCUGGGCAGAUCUUCCAAGCAAAAUUUCCAGAGAUAGUGAAUUCAGAAUGACAGUGAAGUGCUAUUACAGCAGCAGCGACGUGCUAAUAAAUACCAAUGUUGAAAGUCUUCCUCCUCCCGUGGCUUCAGUGAAGCCAGGUCCACUUGCUUUGAUCCUGCAAACCUACCCAGAUAACUCCUACCAACAUCCUCAUGGGGACCAUGAGUACCCUUUGGUGAGAUAUCUCCGCCAACCAAUUUACCUGGAAGUGAGAAUCCUAAACAGGACUGACCCCAACAUCAAGCUGGUCAUAGAUGACUGUUGGGCAACAGCCACCAUGGAUCCAGCCUCUCUCCCACAGUGGAAUAUUGUUGUGGACGGCUGUGAAUAUAACCUGGACAACUACCAAACCACCUUUCAUCAGGCUCGCUCCUUUGUGACCCAUCCUGAUCACUAUCAGAGGUUUGAAGUAAAGACUUUUACCUUUGUCUCAGGGACCCCAGCGCUCUCUAGCCUGGUCUACUUCCACUGCAGUGCCUUAAUCUGCAACAGGCUCUCUCCCGACUCCCCUUUGUGUUCCGUGACUUGCCCUGGAUCACCUAGAAGGAGGCGAGCCACAGGUGCCACUGAAGAAGGGAAAACAACAGUAAGCCUCCCAGGACCCAUCCUUCUGUUAUCAGACAGCCCUUCAUUCAGAGGAAGGUUUCUGGAAGGGUCUAAACAUGAUCUUAAGACCCCAACAUCUGUUUCCUCUCCAGAUCUUGGGGACUCUAAAGGGCAUGAGACCACUGAAGAUGUCACUUCUAAAACAACGGUUGCUGUGGCUGCCUCAGCAGGUGUCCUGGCAACUCUAGGCCUUGUCACUUACCUACGCAAGAAAAGAACCAUGAGAAACCCCUAACUGGAUUGUCAAAUAAAGUGGUUGAAGUAGGCCUCUUGUAUUUUCAUGUUAAGAUUAGAUGGAGUUGGAUUUUUUUUCCCCCCAGUUCUUUUUAGAGCGGUUAUAGUAACUACACACACUCUUCUAGGCAGCUUUGGUCUGUGUAGGCACAAAGGAGGUAGUUUAUAGCUUAAUUUGCUUCUUGUCAUUCAGCCUUUUCUGACCCCCUACCAAUGUGCAACUACUAACCUAAAUGUUAGCCAUUCGAACCUACCCAAGAAAGGCCUGGUGAUCU